AUGUCUUCAUCAUCAACCACUCAAGCUCCACAACAAACCGAAAACAAGGUGACUUUCAAAAUCACAUUGACUUCACAUCCAAAACAACCUUUUAGAACAAUCAAAGUUCCAGAAAGUGCUCCAUUCACAGCUGUCCUCAAAUACGCAGCUGAAGAAUUUCAAAUUUCAGCUGAAACAAGUGCCAUUCUCUCCAAUGAUGGUAUCGGAAUCAAUCCAAGUCAAACUGCAGGAAAUGUUUGGUUAAAGUAUGGCUCUGAUUUGCGUAUCAUUCCACGAGACAAGGUCGGAACGAAUUAA